AAACAAAAAUUAGAAAUGUCAGAAAAAGAUGUUCGAAAAUCAACAGAAACAAUCGUGAAAACGUUCGUUGCUGGAGGACUUGCAGGAAUAUGUGCUAAAACGACAGUUGCACCAUUUGAUCGUGUGAAAAUCCUACUCCAGGCCCACAAUCAACACUAUAAACAUUUGGGUGUGCUAUCUACAAUAAAGGGAGUUUCUGUAAAGGAAGGUUUAGUAGGGCUCUACAAAGGCAAUGGAGCUCAGAUGGUUAGGAUAUUCCCCUAUGCUGCAAUACAGUUCAUGACAUAUGAGCAAUAUAAAAAGAUUUUAAAAGAACGCUAUAAGUUUACCAAGCGUCCUCACCUCCCCAAUCUCAUAGCAGGAUCAUGUGGAGGUAUGACAGCAGUACUGAUAACCUACCCACUAGAUAUAAUACGGGCCAGACUAGCAUUCCAAGUUACAGGGGAACACAUGUAUGUGGGUAUCAUACAUGCUGCAAAGACUAUAUUCACAUGUGAGGGUGGCUUGAGGGCCCUGUACAAGGGUAUAUGGCCCACGAUGCUUGGCAUGGCUUUAUAUGCAGGACCUUCGUUUUAUGGCUUUGAUACACUGAAGAGUAUAUGCCUUGAGAGGUUUCCUGAGACAUGUGGCACAACAACUGCAGGUCACAAUGGACCAAUUCACCUGACUGUACCUGCUAAAGUGCUUUGCGGGGGUUUUGCUGGGGCAUUUGCCCAAACUAUAGCGUACCCCUUAGAUGUAGUCAGAAGGAGGAUGCAACUUGCAAUAAUGCUACCAGAUGCACAUAAAUUCAGGACCAUGCAUGAAACAUUGACAAUAGUUCUUAAAGAACAUGGAAUAAGACGUGGCCUAUAUCGAGGACUAAGUGUCAACUACAUCAGGGUUAUACCUAUGGUAUCAAUGUCAUUCACAUCUUAUGAGUUAUUCAAACAAAUAUUUGGACUCGAGACUGGAUUGGAGGGCAGCUGAUGAAGGCUUCAGUAUAGGGAAUAAACCGGCUAAAUUCAAUUAUUUAUGCGGAUAACUAUUUAUUUGUGCAAAUAUGGAGCUUUGUGAGAAGAACUAAAUGUAAAAUGGGAGAUCAUGUUCCCCAAAGAGACUGGAUAUCUUAUUCUCCAGGGAUAUCAUGUUCUCAGGAGAUAUUGUAUUCAGCAGGGAUAUUGUAGUCUGUAUAUUAUUCUUCAUGGAGAAAUUGUAUCCUCUUGAGAAAUUGUAUUCUUCUGAGAGAUAUUGUUUUCAUCGUGGAGAUAUUGUAUUCUCCAGAUAUAUUGUAUUCUCAGAUAUAUUUUGUUAUUUAGGGAUAUUGUGUUAUGAGGGAAAAUUGUGUUCUCAGGGGAUAUUGUAUUCUUCAGAAUUAUUCUAUUCUCUCAGGAUAUUGCAUUCUCUUGGCAUAUUGUAAUCUUCCCUCUCAGAAUAACAUGAGUAUACAUAUCAAGUAACAGAACUAAAACAAUCAUGGUUUUUCAUAUAUAUUCAUAUUGUAAUAUUUGCAAUAAUCCUUUGUGAAAUAUAAAAGAAACUCCCUCAAUAGUGAAUGGGAGGAGGUGCAGUGUAGGCAUUGAAUGU